AUGAAGUUCUGGGCUUUGCCGAUUCUGCUGGCCCUGCUGCUCCAGGAAGCAGGGCCAGCUUCUCUCUUGAAGAAGGAGAGGAAGAGGAGGGAAGAGCAGAGCCCUAGAGAAAGCGAGACGUACACACUUCCUCAUGUGGGGACCAAUGUCCUGAGCCUGGAUGACUACCAUGAGAUCAUUGACCUGAGCAGCUACGAGGAGCUCACAGACUACGGCGGGCAGCUCCCUGAGGUUGAGCGGAGCAGUAUGGCUCCUCCAGCCAGGACCAGCCCCCCACAGAGCUCUAUGUCUGCAAGGAUACCCUCGCCAAGCCUCCCGGUGACCAGGCCCACCGAGCCAGGCCUGCGGCACUCCCUGACCAGCGUUGGCCUGCCCACCUGCCUGGUCUGUGUGUGCCUCGGGUCCUCCGUGUACUGUGACGAUGCCGAUCUGGAGGACCUCCCUCCUCUUCCCCGGACCACUGUCUACCUGUACGCCCGCUUCAACCACAUCACACGCGUCAGGGCUGGAGACUUCAAAGGGCUGACGAAACUGAAAAGGAUUGAUCUCUCCAGCAACCUCAUCUCCUCCAUCGACGCCGACGCCCUCCACCUGAUGCCCACGCUGCAGGACCUGAUUCUGUCCGAGAACCAGCUGGCAGCCCUGCCUCGGCUACCCAGGGGCAUCGAGCUCCUGGAUGCGCGUAGGAACAGGCUCCGGAGCUCGGGGAUACAGCCUGAGGCAUUUGGGGCGCUGGAGCGGCUGCAGUUCCUCUACCUGGCAGACAACCUCCUGGAUGCCAUCCCGGGGCCUCUGCCUCUGAGCCUGCGCUCUCUGCACCUGCAGAAUAACAAGAUAGAGACCAUGCAGAGAGACGCCUUCUGUGAUCCUGCGGAGCACAGACACACCCGCAGGCUUCUGGAGGACAUCCGCCUGGACCGCAACCCCAUCAACCUGAGCCUCUUCCCAGACGCCUACUUCUGCCUGCCACGGCUCCCCGUCGGCCGCUUCACCUAGAGUGGCUAACGUUACCUAGCUGCCA